AAUAUUCAAUGAUCUUACGAAACUCAUGCAAAAGUAUAUCAAGAUAUCAGGAGAGGACAUGUCAACACUUGAGUGAAUUUUAGGUGUUGGAAGUUAAUGGGAGGGAUCGGGAAAUCUCGGAGGGGAAAUAAAACCUUCUCACAAAACGGUAUUUUUCUUAAAAAUAACUGAGACGAUUUAAAUUUUUUUAAAUAUACAUCGCUGGUUUUGAUCUGUGAAUGAUCACUACUUUCAACACCUUUGUAAUUUUCCCAUUCACGCAUACCAUCUAUCACAAUUACCACAAUGGCUACUUCUGAUUGCUUCGAGCCACUUAAUUUUGGCUUCACUUUCCUACAACUGACGCCCGAUGAAGAGAUUACAUCUUCUUGCAUCGAAGAACAAGAAUAUAAGACUGAUGAUGGCACAGCAGAUCUUGCUAUUCUAUCUGUUCUUGCACCGGAAUUUACCAACUGCUCUUCUAAUGGACAAGGUCAAUUUCUGGAGCCGGAGAUUUCUAUGUUCUGUCCCGAGCUCGGUGUGUUCACGGAAGAACCAGAAGACAUAGAUCCCGAUUUCGAUUAUGAAGCAGAUGCCGUUGCAAGAGGCGUUUACAAGACGGAACGAAAGCUGCACAUUGACAUCGAUGAUGAUGCCGUGCCAGAGCUUGUUAAAGAGUCCGAAUCAGCCGUCAGCUCUGGCUGCUUUGUCGACACGCCUUAUGCCAGUCGCAUCGAUGCAUUAUGCAUGUAUGAUCGUGUCGACGGCAAAGCUUGUUGUCAACACAACAAGGUGGAUCCAUCCGCGUAUGCUCAGCAACCCUUUACAUAUCAACCAUUGAUUGCUUAGACAGAUCAAGAAACUUGAUGGCCAAGGCUGUUUAUAACCUAGAGUGAACCAUAAGGCGUAUGGCACUUUUUUCUUUCCUGCA